AUGAUUGCGUUUCAGGCACUGUUCGCUCGCUGCUUGCUGGGCAUCUACUGGUGCAUGGGCCUCGUGCCUUUGCCACCUGUGUCUCAGCGUUUGCGGCUGGCCGUGGCCUUGUUUAUACGCCUCAUUUGGUUCGCAUACUACACGUGGAUGCUGAUCAUCGGCUACUCUUAUAUAUGGGUAGACAGGAGCUUGAGCAUCAGUUACAUCACUGGAACGCUUCUGCACAUGGGCUACGCAUUGCUAGGUAUGCUAGUUCAAAUGCAGAGCAUACUUAAGCAACGAUUGUAUGUGCGUCUGGAGGACUAUCGCAUACGAUUGCAGCUGCAGAUGAGGCGACUGGGCUGCUCACACAAAUGCCAGCGAACAGAGCGUUUGUUUUUUCUACUGGUCGCACAGAUGUCCAGCGACAUUGUCAAAACCUGGGCCAACUCCAAAUAUAACAUAUCGCCGGUGCACGUCAUCUCCUUGCCGCAGAAGUGGCAACUGCGUUUCCACUUCGUUCAGCUGAUGUGGCAGAUCAUGGAGCUUAAUCAGCGAGCCGUCGAGCUGCGACACUCGCUGCUGCGUCUGGCCGCCGGCAUUGACAUCUGGCAGCCAUACAGCCUGCCCGACUGGAAGUACUUGCAGAUGCUGCGCCUGAGCUACGAGCGCAUUUACGAAUGCCACGAGAUCUUCAACGACUGCUACGGCUGGAGCAUGCUCUGCGUGCAGUUGAUGUGCGGCUUUGAGUUCGUGGCGAAUACCUAUUGGUUCGUCACAGAGGCCUACGUGUCACAGCGCAUAUACAUGUUUAUCUACAACGGCAACACCUGCUUCGCCAUUGGCACACUCAUGACGGCGCUCUUCUGGUACGGCGGCGCAAGUGCUAACAAUAGUCGUCAAAUUGGCUGCUUGAUACCAAAGCUGGUAAAGCCUUUGGGCAGCAAGCGCUACAAUGAUUUGGUCAGCGAGUUCCUACUGCAGACGCUGCAUCAACGCUUCGUGGUGACGGCCAAGGAUUUCUUCAGCCUCAAUCUGCAUCUAUUGAGUAGCAUGUUUGGCGCUGUGGUUACGUAUCUUGUCAUACUCAUACAGUUUAUGUUUGCCGAGAAGAGUUCGCAUGCUGCAGCCAGGCCGAAGUAA